UGUUUUGAAUCACCCAUUGCAAAAAUUCCUUUGAUCAUUCAUUUGAACAUGAAGAAUCUGCAGCCCGUUGAGCAUUUUAUUGGAAUUCCCACCAGAUCAAACAGACUCUUGCUUGAUCAUGGUCUCCAUAAUCAUAUAUCUUUUCCUGUCAAUGGAUCAUUGAAGUUCAAUCAGAUAAUAAAUAAAAAGAGAAGACCAACAGAGAGAGCAAUUAAUGCAGCAAAUAACAUUCUAGAGCAUGGUAGAUACUUUUCCCCAAACAAUUCCUUCCAUAUAUUCAUUAAAUAAAUCAUGAUUUGUUUUCUAAUGAAAUUCUUGCUUGCAGUAAAACUAGGAUCUAAUAUCAGUGCAAUAGUAAAGGGGAAGUUGGGCUUAGGAGCCAAAAUCCUCAAAAAUGGUGGAGUGGAGAAGGUUUUCAAGCAUAAGUUUAGUGUUGAAAAUGGAGAGAAGAUCUUAAAGGCUUCUCAGUGUUAUAUCUCCACAACAGCUGGUCCCAUAGCCGGUCUUCUUUUCAUCACAACUAACAGGAUUGCCUUCUGUAGUGAAAGAUCUAUCAAACUCCAGUCCCCAAAUGGAAUGUCAGCCAGAGCCCAUUAUAAGAUAUCGAUACCACUAGGAAAGAUAAAAGGCGCAAUCGUGAGCCAAAACUCGGAGAGGCCAUCACAGAAGUACAUUGAACUUGCUACUGUGGAUAACUUUGAUUUUUGGUUCAUGGGAUUUCUCAAUUAUCAAAAUACUUACAAAUACAUUAUACAAGCUAUUUCUCUACCUCAAUACUUUGAACUUUCUACUCACUAAGAGGUAGUGAUCAGA